AGGAAGGCGGUUAUGGACCACAUCUCCGACUCCUUCCUGGAGACCAACGUGCCCCUGCUGGUGCUCAUCGAGGCGGCCAAGAGCGGCAACGAGAAGGAGGUCAAAGAGUACGCCCAGGUGUUCCGUGAGCACGCCAACAAGCUCGUGGAGGUGGCCAACUUGGCGUGCUCCAUCUCCAACAACGAAGAGGGCGUGAAGCUGGUCCGCAUGGCCGCCACUCAAAUCGACAGUCUGUGCCCACAGGUGAUCAACGCCGCACUCACCCUGGCGGCGCGGCCCCAGAGCAAGGUGGCUCAGGACAACAUGGACGUCUUCAAAGACCAAUGGGAGAAGCAGGUGCGCAUCCUCACCGAGGCCGUGGACGACAUCACAUCCGUCGACGACUUCCUGUCCGUGUCAGAAAACCACAUCCUGGAAGACGUCAACAAGUGCGUGAUCGCUCUGCAAGAGGGCGACGUGGACACCCUGGACCGCACAGCGGGGGCCAUCCGGGGCCGCGCAGCGCGGGUGGUGCACAUCAUCAACGCCGAGAUGGAGAACUACGAACCGGGAGUGUACACCGAGCGGGUGCUGGAGUCCAUCAAGCUGCUGUCCGAGACCGUGAUGCCUCGCUUCGCCGAGCAGGUGGAGGUGGCCAUCGAGGCUCUGAGCACCGACCCCCCGCAGGCCUUCGAGGAGAACGAGUUCAUCGACGCAUCCCGCCUGGUGUACGACGGCGUCCGCGACAUCCGGAAAGCAGUGCUCAUGAUCAGGGUACGUCUCAUGUCACGUGGUCGCCAUGCCUUCAUCGUUGUGGAUAACUCUAAAAAAUGGUUACAAUUAAUUGGCUUUACAUUUUUUCCUAAUAAAAUAAUGAUAUUGUGUUCAUAUGAUGUACGCCUUUUGGUGAACGCUUUUAUUCAAAGCAACUACAUGACCGAAAUCAGAGUACAGCCAUCUGAACCUCUCAUGAUCUUAACGAUACUCCACAUAAGCACAUUAUAUAUCCUGAACGUCACAAAUAGCUUGUUCUGGAAAUCAUUGAAUGCAACCCUUCCGAAUCCAUCUCCACCAAGGCAGUGUAGGCUCUGUUUCCUUUACCUUGACCACUCUCUCUCUGUGCUACUUUGCUUUCUUCAGUGUCCAGAUUCGGCGUGCAAGCAGGACCUUUUGGCCUACCUGCAGAGGAUCGCCCUGUACUGCCACCAGCUCAACAUCUGCAGCAAGGUCAAGGCCGAGGUGCAGAACCUGGGAGGGGAGCUCAUCGUCUCCGGGCUGGACAGUGCCACCUCCCUGAUCCAGGCGGCCAAGAACCUGAUGAACGCGGUGGUGCUGACGGUGAAGGCGUCCUACGUGGCCUCCACCAAGUACCAGAAGGUGUACGGCACGGCCGCCGUCAACUCCCCCGUGGUGUCCUGGCGCAUGAAGGCGCCCGAGAAGAAGCCGCUGGUGAAGCGCGAGAAGCCCGAGGAGUGCCAGACGCGCGUGCGGAGGGGCUCGCAGAAGAAGCACAUCUCGCCCGUGCAGGCGCUCAGCGAGUUCAAGGCCAUGGACUCCUUCUAGAACGCUCCGGAAACGAAAGAGCGGCGAAAAAACAACACCAAACCCAGCACGAGACGAGACGACGAAACUACGAAACAGAAAAAAACGUGAGAAAAAUGACGAAAAAAGUCACAGAACGAGAGAAGAAACGUCCCUUUUUACUAUGUGUUGACCCGCCUUUGUUUGUUUUUUGCCGUGCGCGUGCAUCGGCGACGCCCUGUGGGGAGGACUAGAGUUCCCGCCAAAAAAUAAAGCGGUACGUAGCGGCAGCGGCUACCGUGAACAGAGGAAGUGUCGCCCAGCGGUGCGGGCGAGAAACACACACUCCCUCUACUAUUUAUUACUGUCCUUACCGUAGCUUCAUGUGUGCGAGCCAAACCCGUGUGUCACUAGAAGAGAACAUUUUAAGAAAAGGAGGGAAAUGUGGAAAAUGAUAAUAAUGAUAAUAACAGUAAUACAAGAGAGCGCAUCGGAAGGAGAGGAACGGCGAUUGUAAGCGUGACAGUGUAUACUUUGUGACGGUCAAUAUUCUAGAUAUAUCAUUACUGUGCCACUGACUUGGCUGCUGCUUGAACACAUUUAACUGUCUGAAUGAGAACCAGUGGACGAGACUGUAGAUUAAACACCUUAGGGAUCACACCAAUAUUAAGUAUGUUCCCUCUUAGCUUUUAUUUAUUCCCCUCCAUUAUGAAUGUUAACUAGUAGUGCUAGGAUUAACCUAUUUAGGAAAACCUGGAAAUGUCAGGGACAAACCUCAAAGUAAUUCAUUUUCUUGUUCCUUAAAGUUAAUAAUGACGAUGAUGACGAUUUCAAAAGAUAAUAAAUGCAUACUUUGUGUUCUCCCGGGGCAACGGAAUGGCCUGUUGUAUUGCAUUUUUGAAGUCAAUUUAUUUCAUGAUUACAUUAUUAACUGUAAUGUAAUCAUGAUGGCGGGUGUUGUGUAAGGUGUACUUCCAGCCACAGAGAGGACGGACUGUGGUUUUGAUCAGAGUAGAACCCAUGUGUGCAGUUCGUUUAUAUGCUCCCGUCUCUAAUAAACUCCUCAACCUCA